GUUGUUGUUGUUGUUGUUGUUUGUUGUGUGUGUUGUGGAUGUUUUUUUAUUUAUGAUCAUAUUUUAUCUUAUUCUCUACUUCUUCUUCUUCUUUAUCUCUACCUCUUCUCCAUCUCUUCUUUCUUUCUCUAUAUCUCCCUUGCAUUGUCAUCAUCGUCAUCUCUUCACAAGACCAAACCCUACUCCCUCUGACCCGCUCCAUCAACUUGUUCCCGGUCCCCUGAACACCGCUGAAACUCAACCACAAAAACCAGACCCGACACGUGCCUGCAGAUCUGGGCUCUGCUCUGCUUCUGCUCUGCUUCUACUGCAGGGUGUCUGCUGCUGCUGCUGCUGCAGAGUCCAAGACCGAGACUGCUUCAAUCUCUACAGAUCUGGAUAAUACAGGUAAUAGGGGACUGCAAUGGAUCUGACACCCUAUCCUCUGUAAACAAACAACAAACACUAAUCCGAGAUGAAUCAAUCUCAUUUCCGACCCUGCGACUGCUUCUGUCGACUCCUCCUCGGCCGGCUCUACUCGACUCCAGCCCGCCGUCACAGAUGCACAGAUCCACAGACUUAAAUAAACAACAAAAGAAAAAAAAAAGACUCUCCCCGGAUCCCACUAACUCUCUCUACUCUACUCUGCUCUGCUCGGCUUAUCAGUCCCGCGGUUUAUUUAUAUCUUACAUACUCGCUAUCAUCCCCGUCUGAUAAGGCUCGUAGGUCCCCUAGCAACCAUCCACCGCAAAAUAGUAAACAACAACAACAACAACAACAAC